UAUGAGUAGUGGUUGGAGUUGGAGUGGCGGUCAAAGUUCCAAUAUUGUUGGGUGGGACGACGACGCUUACGAGUGUCGAUACUGAACUCGGCGAUCUUCUUCUUCGUACAAAUCGUAAACCCAUCUUCCCAAUCUGCGUUCUAUUCUUUGAUCUGUAACUUUAUAUGCGUGGAGUCCAGAAAAUUUCUUCUACUCUGUGGAACUGAAACUUACAAAUUUUCUAUCUUAUGUUAUGAUUCUUUGACCACUAAAUCUUGUGGGCUGCUCCAUCAGCAUCUCCCCUACCUCACUCACAUUAUUCUAUGCUGCAACCGUAGCAUAAUGGAUUCAAACGGUUUUGUUGAUGAGAAGUGUGAAAGCAAACUUUAUAUUGGCAAUCUUGACCUCAGAAUUACGGAAGCGGCCCUCAUUAAACUCUUCUCUCCUUUUGGGAAGAUAAUAUCUGAGGAUUUCUUGUGGCACACCCGUGGGCCGAAGCGUGGAGAGCCACGAGGAUUUGCCUUCAUCGAGUACAGCUCCAAGGAGGAAGCUAAAUUGGCUAAAGAGAAGAUGCAUGGGAAAUUAGCUUGCGGUCGUCCGUUGGUCGUCCGCCUCGCUAGUGAAAAGCUCAUGGUGAACACAGCAAAUGAUACUUCAAAAGCAGCAAGCGAGUCAAGAAAAUCAAGACUCGGUGGCAGCAGUUAUGGACAGUUGACUCGCAGCGAUAAGAUUGCUGCCAUAAAGAAUAAAUUGAGAGCUUUGGAAGGAGGUGGGGAGAGCUCUAGUGUGAAAAAACCGAAGCAAGAUAAUAUCAGUUUCAAGGAUCAUAUUGAUAAGUCAUUUCUCAAGACAUCUUGAUGUUGAAGAAAACUGAGAUUGGUAGCUUGUAUUUACCCAAAUGUCUUCUACAAUUAUCAAACCUCUAUAGGCAAAUCUGAUGCAUAGUGUUAAAGUUUAAAUAUGAUGCUGACAUAUAACAUAGCCUGAUAUUCUGCGACAACAACUGGUGGGAAAUUGAACUCGUGCAGUCGAAUAAAAGAGAAAUUGCAAAAAAUAUUUAAAUUUGUA